AUGGCUAUUCGACUAGGGGCAGCCAUCCUCCUCCUGGCCAUGGCUUUGGCUGUGCUUGCUGAUUCAUCACCCACACUUGACACCGUCUUUGGCCUCACCAGCCUGGCAGGAUCCAAAGGCGACGAUGGCCUCGGCGGACUCGUUGCGGACUUCAUUGAUGAGGAUGAGGAGAUGUCUGUGGAGUCUGGAACAGCCAGAAGAACUCUUGCAGGUCGGCCAAGGUAUAUCAGUUAUGAUGCCAUGAGAAGAGGCAAUGUCCCAUGCAGCAGGCGUGGUAACUCCUACUAUGCUUGCAAUGCUCAUGGUAGGGCUAACCCUUACCAGCGCAGCUGCACCAGGAUCUCUAGGUGCCCAAGGAACACUCGUUGA